UGAAUGGAAAUGUUCAGCAUUCGGUGACUCUGUCAUGUGUCUGUAUAACAGCAAAGCCAGGAAAAUGUCCACCCCGAUCAUCUGGAAAUAGAUCGUGUACCAGUUCCUGUAAGAGUGACUCUAACUGUCCCAACAAUGAGAAGUGCUGCAGCAAUGGAUGUGGACGUUACUGUACUGCUCCAUAUACGGUGAAGCCAGGUCAAUGUCCCAAACCGACGAACAUUCCACUGUUUGCUGAAAGCUGUUUCCAUGAUGGCCAGUGUCCUGCCACACAGAAAUGUUGCCCAACCACCAGUGUCCGUGCAUGCAGUGAACCACGUGGCCAGGGAAGCGGCCAGGGUCAGGGGAGCGGUCAAGGCCAGGGAAGUGGCCAGGGAAGCGGCUAUGGCCAGGGAAGUGGCCAGGGAAGCGGCUAUGGCCAGGGAAGUGGCCAGGGAAGCGGCUAUGGUCACGGCCAGGGAAGUGGUCAAGGAAGCGGCUAUGGUCAGGGAAGCGGCUAUGGUCACGGCCAGGGAAGCGGCUAUGGCCAGGGAAGUGGCCAGGGAAGCGGCUAUGGCCAGGGAAGUGGCCAGGGAAGCGGCUAUGGCCAGGGAAGUGGCCAGGGAAGCGGCUAUGGCCAGGGGCGGGGCCAGGGAAGCGGCUAUGGCCACGGCCAGGGAAGUGGUCAGGGAAGCGGCUAUGGUCACGGCCAGGGCAGCGGCUAUGGCAGCGGCUAUGGCAGCGGCCAGGGUAGCGGACAGGGAAGCGGCCAGGGUAGCGGCUAUGGUCACGGACAGGGAAGUGGUGAGGGCCAGGGUAGCGGACAGGGAAGCGGCUAUGGCAGCGGACAGGGAAGUGGCCAGGGAAGCGGCUAUGGUCAAGGCCAGGGUAGCGGCCAGGGUAGC